CACAGUUUCCCGAUUUAUCAUCUGUUUUUAUUCAUUCUUAAAGGAAAACAUAUUAAUAUUUAAUAAAUGUUUGCUCGCCUCGGUCUCAUUUUAAAAUGCCUUACUUAAAAAUUGUACUUCUUUUUAUCUCGUUAGCAAGAUUAAGGUAUUGUUUCUCACAACAAAUAAAUUCCACCAGCCAGAAUUGUACCGUUGUCGAACCAGUGUACCAGUGGGUGUGGCGACCCGACCGGAUAACUGGAUCGUAUCGGUGGGAAAUUGUGUGUGUAAAUUGCACCACCAGUGGGCAGGAUGAUGGAACAAACAAUUUCCACCCUCCAAAUAGGACAAUUCCCAUAAAUUCGUACAUUUCCGACCCCGUCAGGGAUUCUAGAUUAAUUGUGAGAUCGUCCAAGCCAUUCAAUGGGGAAACACCGGUUGAACUUCUUUCAAAAAGCUAUUACACACCAAAUGAAAUAUUCUACGUUCGAAACAAUCACCCCGUUCCGGUCGUCGACGUGGAAGAUUAUCAUCUCUGCAUUACCGGGAUUGGCGUCACCCCCACAAAUCUGACCCUGUCCCAACUGAAGGCAUCUUUUGCACGCAAGACCAUUACUUCCGUUUUACAAUGUGCGGGUAGCAGGAGAGCAGAGAUGGACGAUUUAAGACCCGUGGCUGGCACCAAGUGGGGCGGUGGCGCGGUUGGGAAUGCGUUCUGGACGGGAGCCGACUUCAAAUCUGUCCUCGCGUAUGCCAGCUUUGACCUAAGGAAUUACCCGAACCUGGCAAAUAUCCAUGUUCAAUUCGAAGGCCUUGACCACGACCCUGUAACACUUAAGCGAUAUGGCGCCUCCAUCCCAGUGAAGUAUCUACUUGAUGGGAAUUUUGAGCCGUUGUUAGCUUACGAAAUGAACGGUUCGCCCCUUCCGAGAGAUCAUGGGUUUCCCCUGCGCAUAAUUUUACCUGGAAUUGUGGGCGUGCGAAGUGUCAAAUGGCUGUGGAAGGUCACCAUCUCAGACCACGAGUCGGACACACCCUACCAGAAGGAAAAGUACAAGGCAUUUUCGCCUUCCAUAUUAAGCACGACCGUCACGAAGACUAAUUACGAAAGGACGCUGCCCAUUUACGACCUUCCGGUUACAUCCUACAUCACCUCGCACAAAGAUGGCGGCAGUGUUCAGAGAGGACUCGGACUUGUGACAGGUUACGCAUAUUCUGGAGGGGGGCGUUUCAUUCAAAGGGUUGAAGUAUCUACGGACCGAGGUGACACGUGGAUCGAGGCGGAAAUUGGUCCUGAUUUAACCAAGAAAUGGUUAAAAAGCUGGACCUGGGUUUUGUGGCAUGCUACCAUGGCAUUUGUUCCUGGAUGGCAGGAGGUGUGGGUCAAAGCCGUCGAUGAUGGGAAUAAUCAGCAACCACAAGAAAUCAAAAGCGUCUGGAAUUUUGAAGGAUAUUUGACAAACACAUAUCACAAAAUCGUUCUGUAUGGAAAUUAAUGGAAUUAAUUAUUCCUUGUUUGUGUCACACACUUACUAUAAUAAAUACAUGCACUUGCAUAUGUAUAAUAUAUGUACCUACUUCAUCUCAAUUUAAUUUACACUUACCAAAUAUUCUUCUAAAUAAGUAGGUGCGAAACUUUGAAGGGCUUAACCAGAUAAGCAUAAUAGUACGUAGUUGUGUGUGUAUAUAUUUAAUAAUAUAUACAAGUAUUAAUAAUAUAUUUAGUAUAUCAAGUCCUCAUACCGUAAAUUCACACUAAAAUAACAAUGAGAGGAUGGAAAGAAGUCAAAUUGUAUAUAUAUUUAAUGUUUUUAAUACCUAUGCACAUGCAUAAGUAAGUAUCUAUAUACAUAUAUGUCUAAAUAUCUUAUAUGUACAUAUAACUACAUAUCUUACAUUUUACACAUAUGUAUGUAUCUACAUACGUAAAUAUGUAGUUACAUAUUUACUUGAUUACGUCAUCAAUAAAAGUGACACCGUAA